UUUUGUUUUGAAUUUCCGUGCCAGUCGGACGCACACCGGAGAGCAAGUGCAACACGGCGCGAAAUAGCCGGGAAGCUGCAGGUAACAAACUGUAAGCAAAUGAACAUCAACAUCAACUAACAAGCUGUUUCUCUGCCUCGUCCUAACUAUUUUUUUGUUGCUGAUGCUGGCGAGGCUGCCCCGUGCCCAACAGGUGCCUAAUCUCAACCAACCAUAACGCCAUGUAACGCUUCGUAACGCUUCGAACACAGUGUGCAUGGUCGCCCGCUGGAGGAAAAAUCGAACCACACCACACUGUGGCCAAUAGUGGUGGUGGGAGGCAAUUGUGUAGUUUUUAUGUGUGUGCGCGCAUGAGAGAGUGAGAGAGAAAGAAGUGGAGGGGAGAUUAGCUACUGCUGCUGCUGCUGCCGUAAGGCUUCGGCAACAGCAGCGCAACAGCACCGGGCGCAGAAGUAAACGACGCGCGGUGCGUAUUAGAUGCUGCUUAGGAGAGCGUAGUGCGCUACAUAGCCGGGGCCGGGAAUCUGGUGCAGUUGUGGUACGGUGGGUCCAAGUGGUCCAAGCGGCACAUCGGAGGAAAGGGAGAGAAAAAUAAGUGCUCUGCGCGCGCGCGUGUGUGUGUAUGUUCCAAAGCCAACUUCGAUCUCUGUGCCCGAUCGGUUGAAAAUUGAUGGUGGUGUGAUGUGGUGGUGUGCUUUCGUGCGUUCGUCCGUCCGUUCGUUGUGUGUGAAGCAAGCAAAAAAAAAUAAAGUGUGAAAAGCGAAUGAAAAUGAUGUGAGGGCAGCGGGAAAGUGUGUGUGGUGGUGCAAAAAAUAAGAAGCAAUAGUUGUAGCAAUAAAACAGUGGCGAGCAAGAAACGUGGUGCGGUGCUUACGGGGCGGCACAAGAUCGUUUGCCGCAAAGUGAAAGCAAGUGAUGGCAAAGGCGAAGUGUUAGAUUGCAACGUACAGUAAGGGCCGCCAACGGGUGGUAUAAAGCGAGCGAAAGAAGCAACAACAAAAUAUACAGAGCGAGAAAGAGAAAGAGAGAGGGGGAGGGAGAGAGAAGUAACAGAGAAAACGGAGCAAAACAGGGAAGGAAAAAAUAACAACAGUGGCCUGGAGAAAGAGAGCGGGAGAGCGAGAGAACAAAGUAAUUAAACAGGCUCUUUCUAUGCUCAACGCUAACCAGAACGGACUACGAACAGCGUCCAGCGCACAGUGAAGGUGAAGGCGACGCGCGGGCUGAAGCCAUGUGUGCGAUGCGUUCGAGCAGCUGCAGCACUAUUACGCGACAGGAUCGGUGCUCUGCAUCAGUGACAUUCAUUUGACCAUCGGUCUGGUAAUCGGUACCAGUAAGCAACCAGUCAGGGUCAUGCCGGCUUUGCGUCUGUUUGGCCGGAAAUGGUUAGCCGCCUCGGACGACCUCGUGUUUCCGUGCGUUUUCGAAAUCUGCUUCCGGAUCGUAUGGCUGGGGCUGAUUUCGUGCGUAACGUCCACCUACUGGAACGUGACCGAGGAGUGCGGUGAGGAUGCAGUCCCGGUCCGGAUCUAUCUGGUCGGGACGAUAGUGUUAAUUAGUGUAAAUAUACUACUGCUCGUCAUCUUAGUCAAUCGCAGCGCCCAGGGCAGCAUUACCGAGGUGCACAAGCGCCGGCUGGUCGCGCCGCUGCUAGUAAUCAAAAUACUUUUAAUUCUACCGGAAACGGGCUUGAACGUGCUGGGCACCAUGUGGGCGUUCUGUGGAACGUUCGAGUGUAGAAGCAAUGAUAAGGUAUCCCGAACUGUGAUCGAAGCAAUCGUCCUAUUCAACUGGGUCGUGUUUGCGCUGAUAAUAUUUGGCCUGGCGAUCGUGUUUGACCCGCUCGGCUCGGCCAAGUACAAGAAUGGGCGCGACACGAACGACAACGGACCGACCGAGUCGGCGAUCCACCGGAAGGUGUCGAAGCUAUGGUUCCGCCGGUUCCGGUGGGCCUUCUGCUGCCUGCGCCGGGACGAGUUCGGGCACGAAGCGUUCACGCAGGUCGCCAGCCUGCUGAGUGCACUGUUCCGCGGGACCGAUCUCGUACCGUCCGACAUUGUGGCCGGCUGUGUGCUGUUGCGCGUCCGACAGAAGCGUGAAACGCGCGAGAUGCGCCGGAUACGCAUGCUCAACGACGACGGUCCGCGGUACUCGACCGACAUCACGCGCGUCUUUGCCACCUCGCCAGCCUGGAUGACGAUCAAGAAUGCGCGGCACUUCCUACGCUUCGCGCUGGCCGCGUACGGUUGGCCGAUGGUGUGCUAUCUGAACUGCUGCACGGGGCCCUACCGGUUGAUACCGAAGAUGACGUGCUGUGCGUGCUUCCGACGAAAACCCCAAAUCAUCAUCGAUGACAACUGCUGCCUGUGUCAUCUGGCCGGCGUACGGUACACGUCCCGGUUGCGAAGUGAAGAUGUACUACACGCGUCAUUCAAAAAUCAUGUAUUUGAGUUACCAUUCUGCAUAAUGGCGGAUCACAGCACGAAAAGCAUCGUCAUCGCGAUCCGGGGCAGUCUGUCGAUGCGGGACGUCUUCACCGAUCUGGUCGCGAAUGCGGAACGCUUCGAUGCACCCGGCAUGCCACCGGAGUCGUCCGCCCACCGCGGCAUGGUGGCCGGUGUUGACUGUAUGCUGAAGCGUUUGCGCGAGGGCAACAUACUGGAGCGUAUCUGUGCGACCUAUCCCGAGUAUACGCUCGUGCUGACGGGGCACAGUCUCGGUGCGGGCGUUUCCAUCCUGCUGGCGGCUAAACUGCGCAGCCGCUUUCCGGAUUUGCGCGUGUACGCGUUCGCUACGCCAGCGGGACUGUUGAGCCGGGAGGCGGCCCGUUGUACGGAGAGCUUCGCGUUCACGAUCGGUGUCGGGGACGAUUUCGUGAUGCGGCUCGGCGUGGAUUCGAUCGAGAAUUUGCGCACGAGCGUUAUCGAAACGAUACGGGCGUGUAAGCUGCCAAAGUGGCGCAUCAUGCUGAACGGGUUCGGCUAUGCGCUGUUUGGGGUGCCAUCGCGAGAUCUCGAAACGACCUGGCACGAUGUGACGGAAAUCACGAAAAAGGCCGCCCAAAGUCCACUGCUGUCCGGUGAGCGCCCAAUCCAGACGGUGGCAACUGCGGAGGGUGGACUACUGUCGAGCGAAAUCUCUCUACGCCGGUUUGCCAAAACGCGCCUGUACACCGGUGGCCGCAUACUGCACAUCGUGCGGCGGAAGAAAACGGAACUCGAAAAGAAAUCCAACAGCGGUGGACCAACGUACGAGAUGCGGUGGGCCACGGCGGAAGACUUUACCGAGCUGAAGGUGAUGCCGCGCAUGCUGCUCGACCAUCUGCCGGACAACGUUUUCAAAACGCUCACCACCAUCCUGGAGGAUCAGAAAACGCACAACGGGUCCGUGCUGUCGCUGCAGGAAAUAUGAACACCGCGGGACACAGGGCGGGAACCGUAACGGAACCACCGGGAUGUAACAAAACCGAACAGUGCCUUAUGUGAAUGUGAAUCUUGCCUAAACGUGGGUUGAUAUAUGGUUGUUGUUUUGUGGUUUGAUGGUCCACAACCACCUGGUCCCCCGGGUGUCUCCGGACGUUAAAAAAAAGCAACAAAAGGGUUCAUCAUAUCUUUCCAACCACCUUUCGGCGAUGCAGCGUACGAAAACGAAGUACCACCUAAUAAUGAUGAUGAUAUUACACUACUAAUUCCCGUCCUUUCGGUCGUUAAACUGCGUGCAUGUUUGGGUGUCCGCCCAUCACUCCAAAACAAAGCGCAAAUUGACUUUAAGCAUUAUGACAAAGAGCAUUCCAGCGAGAAUAGCAGCCAAAUUAACAUUCCACAUUUUAAUGUAUUAUACUAGUGGUUAGAUAGCUUAGAUAACCGGCCGGUCGGACUCUGCCACCCUUCUUCCCCCAUCCCCUAAUACGUAGCGGUGAUAGUAGUAGCUAGGUAGUACCUAAGUGCGAACAUGAAGAGGCAGUCAGAGGCAGUCUUGUACGAGAGAAAACGAAACGCGCAAGUGAUUUUUUUUAUAAGUUUUAAGCAAAAAGCAAGACAAGUUGUGUGAUCGUGUGUGAUCCAAAUCCGCUUCAUCCUGGUUCCUUUUAUUUCAUUCCUGUUUAUUCAAGUUUUCCUCCCCAACACAGAGGAAGAGACAGAGAGAGAGAGAAGCGAAAAUCAACCAAAAUUCCAACGCGCAGUGUGCGAUUCUUAUCAUGUUCGUUACUUGGUUGUGAUAGGAAAUUGAUACAAAAAGAAAAAAAGCACAGACCAUAGGGUAAUAGGAGUUAGGGAAAAUUGAUUUUAGAAACAAUCACCAAGCAACAAAAAAAAACAAGAACAAAACAGAAACGUAAGGUAUUUAUUAACUUAUGAAGUUUUAUUGUGUUUGUUUUCCAAGCAGAAAGAUAAGCGUUUUCCAUUCCGAUAAAGACUGUGCGUGUGUGUCUUUUGUUUUUGUUUUUCGUUCGUGUUUUAAAUAGUUUCGAAUACCGCGCGCUGUGUCUGUUUUUUUAAGGAUAUCGAAGAAGAAAUUCCGACGACGAAGCCCUUUGUUUUCGAUAGUGUUUAGGCGUAAGCGUACGAAAGAGAGAUAGAGAGACAGAGAGAAGAUAAGGAAACGGUCUUAAUUAUUAGUAAAAUAAUGACUACCGGAUACGAGCCCGUCCCUGCAUGUAUAUGUAUAUGUGUGUGUGUAUUUUUAUAUAAAUAUUCUCUCU